AUGGUCCUCGAAGCGGUGAUGGUCGUUGUCGACAACAGCGAAAGCAGUCGCAACGGUGAUUACCAACCGACAAGAUACGACUCGCAAGCGGACGCCGUCAACGUUAUCUUCCAGACAAUCACAAAUGGAAACCCCGAGUCCUCGGUCGGCUUGAUGAGCAUGGGUGGCAAGGGCCCCGAGGUGUUGGUCACCCUCACGACAGAUCAGGGCAAGAUCCUGGAUGGAUUGCACCGCACGAAGACCAAGAUCAAGGGAACAUCACACCUUGCCACUGGCAUUCAAGUUGCCGGCCUUGCCCUUAAGCACCGUCAGAACAAGUCCCAACGACAACGGAUAAUCGUCUUCGUCUGCUCGCCCAUCGAGGAGGAAGAGAAGAAGCUAGUUCAGCUGGCCAAGAAGAUGAAGAAGGGCAAUGUUUCGGUCGAUUUCGUACUGUUCGGCGACCUGGACGACGACGACACGCAGAAGAAGCUGCAAGCGUUCAACGAGAGCGUUAAGGGUGGUGAGGGCUCCAACCUCGUCGUCAUUCCCCCAAGCAGCAAGCUUCUUAGCGACCAGCUCAUUUCGAGCCCGAUCCUUCUCGGAGACAAUGCUGGCGGAAGCGGUGGUGGCGGCGGCGGCGGUGGCAGCGGCAUGGAGAGUGGCGGCGGAGGCGGCAACUUUGGCGAGUUCGACUUCGACCCUGCCAUGGACCCGGAGCUGGCACUUGCGCUUCGCAUGAGUAUGGAGGACGAGAAGGCACGGCAGGAGAAGAAGGCCCGCGAGGAGGCCGAGUCCGGUCAGAAAGGAUCUCUUGAGGACAUCAAGGAGGAGGGCGAGGGUGCGCCUCUCCUCGGCAAGGAUGGCGAGUCAAGCAGCAAGAAGGACAAGAAGGAUGACGAUUCGAUGGACACUUCGUAA